AUGUGCGGUGUCACCGGUCUACUGCUGGGUGAUCCCAAAGCCACCACGGCCGCCGUCGACCUUCACGAAUCGCUCUUCUACUUGCAGCACCGCGGGCAGGAUGCCGCGGGCAUCAGCAAAGUCUUCAGUCACUUCGCCAACGCAAGCGCCUUGAUCCAAAAUCUUCCUGGAUGGAUGGGCAUCUCGCACUUGAGGUACCCUACCGCUGGUAGUUCAUCUGCGUCCGAAGCGCAACCAUUCUACGUCAACUCGCCGUUUGGCUUAUCUUUAAGCGUCAAUGGAAACCUCAUCAACCCCGAAUACCUUCGCGAGUUCUUGGAUACAGAGGCCCGUCGCCAUGUAAACUCUGAUUCAGACUCCGAGCUACUGCUCAACGUCUUUGCACAUGCUCUGAAUGAGCUUAACAAAACUCGAGUCAACGUCGAUGACAUCUUCACUGCGCUACGCGAGGUUUAUGGCAAAUGCAUCGGAGGUUAUGCGUGCGCCGCCAUGGUCACAGGCUUUGGUAUUCUGGGUUUCAGGGAUGCCAACGGUAUUCGCCCUCUCUGCCUCGGAUCACGACCAUCUCAAACCUUGGAAGGAGCGAAAGAUUACUUCAUCGCCUCGGAAUCUAUUGCUUUGAGGCAGCUCGGCUUUACCGACAUUGUCGACAUUCUGCCCGGACAAGCUGUUUUCCUCCAGAAAGGUGGCAUCGUCCACUUCCGCCAAAUCGUGGAGAGAAGAUCCUACACGCCAGACCUUUUUGAUCGACAACACAUGGGAGUCAAGCUGGCAAAGAAGAUGAAGGAAGCACUAAGUGAAAAGGUGAUCAAGGAGAUUGAUGUCGUUAUCCCGGUUCCAGAGACCAGUAAUACUGCGGCGGCUACUCUAGCGAAAUAUCUAGAUAAGCCGUACUCGAAUGCAUUCGUCAAGAAUCGCUACGUCUAUCGCACGUUUAUUCUUCCCGGGCAAGAUGCGAGGAAGAAGGGCGUUCGUCGGAAGCUCUCGCCUAUCGAAUCAGAGUUCAAGGGCAAGAACGUUUGCAUAGUAGACGAUUCAAUCUACGGCAUAGAUCUCGCCGACCCUGCUGAACUCGUCGCUUUUGGCAGAACCUCGCAAGAAAUCGCCGAGCACAUCGCAGCCGACGCAGUUGUGUACCAGGACAUCAAUGAUCUUCAGGCGGCCUGUAUCCAGGCGGCCGAAGGCGAAAGCAAGGUUCAUAAUUUCGAAGGUGGGGUGUUCUCGGGCAAAUACAUCACGGAGGUGCCCGACGGCUACUUUGAGCACCUCAGCAAGCUACGGGGGAAGAAGAAGCAAGACGCGGACGAAAUGUUGGUUGCGAGUGGUGGGCCUGUCAAUGUGGCCACGGGCCAACAGACGGCAUCAGAGGGUGAUGCUGUUGGGAGCGGCUUGACGAGCCCGGAAUACCGAGAGGAUAUCAAGUAA